UCUGUGGCUUUUUUUAUUGAUUUCGAUGAAAACACCAGGAGUGAUAUGCGACGGACUAGAAGGAAAGUCAGGGAUAAUGUUGUGAAUGUAUUGGAGUUGCCGGAUGAGGUGUGAGUAAAUUUUUUGAAGUCUUUAUUUCAUUCUAACAUGUGAGUUCCUUAUUCAGAUUUGUAAAACAGUUCCGGCUUAACAAGUUAGCAUUCAAGUACGUUUUAGAAAUAUUAAUGCAGAAAUUGCCUCCAGUUCGAAGAUCAUGUUCCAUAACACCAGAGCUUAAAUUAGCUUGUUUAAGGUUUUUAGCUGAAGAGGGCUAUCAGAAUGGUACUGGCCAAGAUUUUAAUAUUGUCUUGGCACAAUCCACAUACUCUGUAGUACGCUCUGAUGUACAAAACAUCUCAGAAGCCACUUUAUGUCCCAGAUGGAUUACUUUAGCAAUGACAGACAAUGAAAAACUUGAAGCGAAAAGAUAUUUUUUCGAAAAAACUAGAAUUCCUGGAAUUGUCAUGUGUGUUGACGGUACUCACAUUAAAAUUCUUAAACCAGCUGCAGGCAAUGCACACCUUUAUUAUAAUCGGAAAGGAUAUUACAGUGUUAAUGCAAUGAUAAUAUGUGACCAUAAGCAAAGAAUAAGGUAUGCGAACAGUAGGUAUGCAGGUGCAAGUCACGAUUCCUUUAUUUGGGAAAAUAGUGAUGCUUCCACCUACUUCCACNCGGAAAGGAUAUUACAGUGUUAA